AUACAUGUCUUUGAAAGAACAGACUCAUUUAGCGGUUUCUUUACCAGAAAUUGUUUAUCAUAUUUUAUCAUUUCUUAUAAAUCAUCCACUAUCAUCAUUAUGCCAAGAAGAAUCAAAAAAGAAAGUAUAUACAGACAUAUAUCCUUGUUUAAUCGUUAAUCGUCUUUGGCAUGAUUGUGCAAGCCGUAUUUUAUGGAGAAAUGUAUUCUUUGAAAAUGGAGAUGGGGAUUUAGAAUCAUUGAUAGAUUUUGCUUCUGUUAUUGGAGCUCGACCUACAUCUUUGCUCUUUCCAAACUUCUUAUCAACGCUAUCAAAUGAUGCUGCACUAUUAGCAGUAGGAUUGUCGACUGUAAAUUCAAAUGAAUCUAUCCAUUUAUUAUCAUCAAGUCGUUCCUCAUCUGUAUCUAGUAUAUCUACAUCAUCUACCAUUCAUACCUCCUCUGAGGACUCCUUUAUAAAUUUGGAACAAAAUAAUUAUCAUCAUGAAUAUGUCAUCACUGAUAAACAGAUAUCACCCGAAUAUGUCUUUACAGAAAUAGAACAUAUCAAAUGUCUCAACACAUAUUACCAAUGCAAGUUUACAAGGGCAGCUCGCUUAGAGACUUACCGCAACUCCUUACGAUCACUCUGCAUCCGUAAAAUUAAACAAAAGACACUUAAUAAGCCACUUUAUCAAAUAGGUCAAUAUGCCACUAAACUUAAAUACCUUGACAUUUAUAUUUGUGAUUACUUGUCUAAUGACGCAUUGACUCCCUUCUUGGUUCAUAAACAACUGACGUUUUUAUCCUUAGCAGGUUGUCAUCAGAUUACAGAUGACGCGAUAUUGAACGUUGCCAAGUAUUGCCACGAUUUAGAGCAUUUGGAUUUAAGAGCUUGUGGACAAGUUUCAGAUAUUUCCUUAUCAGCCAUAGCCUUUCAUUGUCCCAGACUAAAGCAUUUGAAUGUAGGCCGCAUUAGGGACCAUGAGCGGGUUUCGUAUAAAUCGAUUUCAUUAAUGGCGAAGCAUACACAGGUGACUGUUUUAGGACUAGCAGGAUGUGAUGUAGAUGAUUCUUGUAUACAAUCGCUGGCUAAACAUUGUAAUCAAGGACUUGAGCGUAUAUCCGUUAAUAGCUGUUCAAAGAUUACAAAUGCUUCCAUCUAUGCUUGUAUUCGUUAUUGUCCCAACUUGUCUGUUUUUGAAAUGAAAGAAUGUCACAAGAUAACAGAUUGGGAAGCUGUAGCAGAACUAGUUCAGAGAAAAGUAUUAUUGACUUUAUGUGAACAACAAAAUAAGGCUUAUAUGGAAUGGGCUCGAGCACGAGGUCGAAGACAAGAAGUUAAAUCGCCUUUAAAAUAUUAACAAAUUUAUUUACACCCUCAUUGUUUGUUCCUGCAAAAAAAAAAAAAAAAAAAAAAA